AUGUCACAGACAUAUAGGUUCGGCUCGUCAGUGAAAGUAGAGCAGCUGGAAGAAGAACUGUGUGCUCAGAUUCAGGCUCUGAAAGCUGAGAUUGAGGACAAUGAGACUUUACACCAAAUAUCCUCAAAACCAUACAGCUCUGUCCAUAUUCCAAAAGAUGUGGCUUACUUUCGUAUGGAGAGGCAGCAGGUGCUCCUCAAAGCACUGCAAGUUUCGUCCACAAAGCCUGUUGUGUCUCAAGCAGAAGUUGCUCAGAGAGAGAUGGAGAGCUGUCUGACCCAAGAGUACACACCUGAUAGUCUGCCCUUACUGCUGCAUCAGUUUUACACAGAUCAAACGUAUAAACUGGCACAGUGCAAAUACCAGCUGAUGCUGAGAUGGAGGAGAUUCGGCCACCAUUCCACUGUGCUGGAGAAACUAUAUCCUCAAUAUAAAAAACAGAUCACACAUUUAACCAAUGAAUUUGAGGAUUCUGUGCAUCGGGCACGUCGUCUUGCCGUGUCCAGAGAGAAGGUCCUGGUGGGUGUGGAGAGCCCAGUCGGUGUGGUCACACAGGAAGAUGUCAUCAUUUACCUACAGUGGCUCAUUUGCCAUCUGCACUCUGUCAAAAGCAUCCACAGCGUUCUGCAUGUUCUUCAUUAUCUCCCUUCUACUCAGUGGAAUGAGGAUCAGAUGUCCAGUGCUGUAGAUUUGACAUCUCCUGCAUAUUUUGAUGGUGUAUUUGUAUCAGUUUCAGAGGUCCCCCCGCACUCGACCAAUAUAGAGGAUUUUCAAACCCAGCUGGACUUCCUCCUGUCACAUUUUGACAUCCAGUAUAAUACCAGAACCAUCAAGACAGCUGGAGAUGAAAUGGAGCUCUUUAGUUUGGUUAACUACCUGUUCAGGACUGUGUUUAAAAAUCAGGAGGAGAUGAAGACCUUCUUGCAGUAUGUCAGCACUGAAGCAACAGAGAGGAAGUGGGGGAGAAAGAGUCCGAACAUGACGCUCAGAAAAGAGUCCAACUGGAUUCCUCAUAUACAGAUGAAGCCAAAGCGAGAUCCCUGGCAACAAAAACAAAUGGCCAAACUCAAGGAGCUCAGAUCAAUGGAUGAACUUCUCAAGAUGCACAGCAAGUUCCUGGAGGAGUCCGAUCUUCAUAAAGUGACUGAUGCUUUGAAGCAGUACAUUGCAUCUGCUUGUCAACCAGAACCCACAAAACCUUCAUCCAUCAACACAGCGACACUCAAAGAAACUUCUGACAUAUGGAGAAGCAUUUAUAACACAGCAAACAUGUUUCAGGUGGCCACUGGACAGACUUCUCAUUUAUCUAAAUAUCCAGAUCAGAAAAUCUCUGAGAAAAAGAAUAAAGGCAUUGCUGGUCAAAGCAGUGGUGCUUAUCUUCUUGAGAAGGAUGAAGAUGCUGAAGAUGGUGCCAAGGAUCAUGUAACAGUCAGAGGAGCUUAUGCAUCUUUAAUCUACCUGAGACACCUCAGGAUCAGAGAACUCAAGCGUACCUGUCUGAGCAUGCUAAACUACCUGCGGUCAGUGGAGAGGACUCUGGUGAUGGACACUGCAGGUCUGGAGUUGGUUGGAGGAGAUCUGGUGAGAAGUAUGGAGGAGACGGGCUGGAUGAAUGCUGCUAGAGGAGACGAUGGCUCUACCGGAGCUCUUGGAUCACAUCACUACAUCUACAACAGUCCAGUUGACUAUAAGGUCCACUGUGCAGAGUUUAUGGAGUUUCCUGAGGUGGAGAACCUCCAUGACUAUUACAGCACAGACGGGAGCUGCAUCCACACGCAGGACCAGCGAGGUCUCUACAUCAUCUAUGACGUGGCCCUGAUGGACCUGGAGGAGUUGGAGCAGCAUCUGCUGCUCACAGCAUCUCAUUUCAUACAGAGGAGCAGAGAAUCACAUGUAUCAGAUGGAUCUGGAGGAGAUCUUUAUUCCUUGGCUAGAAUGGAUGUGGAUCGGUUGGCCGUGCUUUUAGAUAUAUGGACAUGUGAAACAGAAUUUCUGGAGCACAAAAUCCAGCUCUUGAAUUGCUAUUUGGAGGCAUAUCAGCAUGUCACAGAUCCAGAUGAAUGGUUCAGGUUGGCUCAGGUCAUCACAGACAUCAUGCACAGAAGGCCACAGAUGGAUUUUACUGCUGGAUAUUUUGUUCAAGCUUACAGGGACACGAUUGUCUGCCUCCAAAGCCACCAACAGCUCAUCAAACUAGUGCUGAACAAUCAGAUUGAUGAGCAGAGACAAUAUCUGGAGAGAAUAUGGAGGGAGGGACAGAAUGGUUGUCCUAGUGAAUACGGCCUGCCACCAAAAUACAUCCCUAGACAUCUGGUAUCAGUCGGUGGAAGCAGGCCUGCUUUGAAGAGUGUGUAUUUUUUAGAGAUUCACCCCUCAUUGUGUUUGGCGUCGCGGCUGUACGAGGGUCUUGAACGGGCCUGUGCUGAGCAGUGUGAGCUGCACAGAUCGAAAACACCGUCUCAAAGAGUCAAACUGGAGCAAAGUCUCUUGAAAAUGGCCUUGCGACAUUGGCACUUGCUUGCCGCUCCUGGCGCAACCUACAGUUCUCAGAUCCAGAGAGAUUUGUUCUCCGAAGGGUUCAUCGAAGACCCUGUCCUGGUAAGAGAGCUGGGACUGUCUGUUGUGAGAUCUGCAGAGGAACAGGAGAGGAAGCAAGGCAAAGACAGACAGCUGUUCAUGCUGAAGACGUUCUGCACAUUGCUAGAGCUCGUCACGCUCCGUCAUCGCAUCACUGAAUCAGCAGCAGAGACCCAACACCUGUCCCAAUUGUAUAAAUCAGUGGCCAGACUGAUGGGCUUUGAUGAAGUUCAUUUGUACCUGCGGCCGGUGCAGUUUGAGUUUGCUGUGCGGAAAGAGAUUCCAAAACAACUUCCUGUGUUCAUCACGGCCCUCCAGGACGACAAACAGAAUGCUGACAGGUUUGUCCCAAACAGUCUACCUCUCGCUGUUCAGGAGCUUGAUGAGAGUCAUAUUGGCAAAUUUAACUUUCAAUCUAACGAAGCAGUUUUACAGCUCAUGAAUCAGUCCAGCCUGGAGAACCUGCAGGUGGUUCUGGUGUGUCAAGUGGUGCAGAAGAACGCUCUGAUUGGUGCACUUAAACAAGCGUCCUUAUGCUAUAGGACAGAGAAGCUGGUUCAGUCUUCAGAUACAGACCUGCUGCUGCAGCACGGAGGAACUACUUCCUCGGAAACCAGGAAACAUGCUUUAGCUACUAGAAACAGGAUUGCAGGUGCUUUUGUGUCCGUUCAGCUGGAGAAAGUGUGUCUUCGCGAUGAAAUGCUGAACACGUUUAUAAAGAAGAAAGAACAGAUGAGUGCGCUGAAGUUAAACUCUGAAGAAGUGGGCAGGAUCAAGAGGAAACUGAUUUUGGAGUUCUGUCACAAAUUUAACGAGCGUAUGUCACAGUAUUGUGUCCGAGGACAGGUUGUUGCUCUUUGCCACAGUCUCUCCUCACUGCUGGAUGAGGUGCCGCAUAUCCGUGACAAUUACUUUGUGAUGGGAAAACCAAAUGAAUCAGACCUGCAGUCAGAUGACAGAUUGUGUCCUGAUCCAAGGACAUUUCAGCCUCGUCCCAGAAGGCUGUUAUCAGCUGAUGGAAAGCGUCUGGUAAACCUGUGGUUCAUCCCUCAUUACACUGAAGUGCUGCUCAUGUUCAGAGCUCUAGAGGAGAAGGAAUGUCACCAGGCUCUUCAAAACACACUGCAGAUUAUUUCAGCUCUUCAUGACGUCGUAUAUUAUCUGGUGAGCUUUGCUCGGCUGGGGAAUCCGAACACUUCCUUCAGUCCCAGCAGCACUCAGAGACUCACAGCAGACUGGGGCGGCUUAGAGAGCAUCGGGGCUGAACUGUGGGACGUCCAGCGACAGAUUGACGCUCUCUGUGAGCCCAGAAGUUCAGAGGCUGUCGGGCGGCUCCUGCAGCUACACAGGGACGUGCUCUUCCUGCGCUUUGAUACCGCAGUGCGCUACAUGAUCAGGGAGGCGUUCCUCUCCUCUGGAAACCUCUCGGCCUAUCAGAGUGUGAGUGAAAACAUGAGCCACGCCCUCCCAAUCAUGAAUGACAGCAUGAUGGGGGGAGCCAAUUUCCUCUCUGUUCCUGAACCGCUAGAACCAGCCUGCCUUCAGGCCCAAAAAUGGUAUCCAUGGCGAUCUUUCAUUGCAAUCCAUGGAUCGCAUCCUUUGAGUAUAUGGGAUGUUUCACCGAUUGAGCAUUACAUGCAGCUCUGCCUCUGUGAUCUGAAUGACCGCUGUAGAAUGGAGGCUAAUGGGGCGAUUCUGGGCGUAUCCCUGAUCAUUGAUGAUGUGCUGAGUAGUGGAAGAGAUGCAGCGCCGCUCCAGCUACAGACCACAGGAGACCCCGACAUCACCACAACAUCUGAUAGAGAAGUUCUUAAUGAUAACAUGGGAAAUGAGGAGAGAAAAACGGAGGUUGCGUCUAAAACUCAGGACCCCAUAGAGUCCCUGAUGAAGCAGCGGGGAUUUUUACUGCUCUGGAAGCAGAUGGAAGCUCUUAAAGAGAGCUGGACUCAACGACAGACGGGUGUUGAGAAAAUAAACACCACUGCACAGUUUAGACACUUGUCUCAGCUUUACAGGGUGGAGAUUUACUUUCCCAGCAUGCAAGCUCUGGCCCAGCAGAUGGAUAAGGAGAAGGAAUAUGAGAUUUUGCUGUCUCAGACUCAGUCUGUCCUUCCACCACCUGGAGCAGCAGAAGCUGAUGUCAAAAUGUGGCAGUUACUGAGACUCUUGGAGAUCACGGAGUGUGACAUGAUCCGAGCGCUUCAGAAGAGGAUUAACAGUGAAAUGACUUUAGUGAUGUCGGAGCGCUCACGGCAUGAUGCGCGGCUCCCCGCAGAACUGUGGAAACGGCCUUCGAUGAAGCACAGUGUCUCUCUAGAGAGACCACAGAUUGUGGAGGAUUUCAUCCAGCGGUUGGUGAAAGGUGUUGAGCGUGAGAUUGAUGGACAGGUGACGUUCUCCAGCGCUCAUCUGCAGGAGUGCUUGACUGAACUCACUUGUGCUGUCAUGAAUCGCGAGCGGAGUGUCUCCCAGCGAUAUUCCCAGUUUUACGAGCACAUCCUUCAACAGCAGGAACAACUUCUUUACCAGAGAGAGCAGGAUGUUAAAGAGCUAGAAGCCAAAGAAAUGCAGGCUAGUGACCCCUACAGAAAGGUGGCGGAUGUGUGUCGUGGGAUGAUGGUUGACAUCACGGCUCUGCGUGCCAGAGUAAGUCAACUUGAGGAGGAGAAGAGAAGCUUAGAUCAACAUCUCAACCUCAAACACAGAGAGCGCUAUGACACGCUGGUUCGCCAGCUCUUCUCCACAUGCGUUCUUCUGAAGUCACGUCUGGACAAAUACCAUGUGAAUAUGGACCAUGAUGUGCGACAGCUGGUGAGCAGCGUGAGGAAGGAAGGCGUGGACAGAAUCAUCAAACUGAAAAAUAAAUUAUCCUCCGCUAAUGAUAACGAGACCCUCAUUCACACACUUCAUGAGAAAGAAGUAUUAGAAGAUCUUCAUGCGGAGAAUAGUAAGCUGGCUGGACUUGUGUGUAAACUGAGAGCCUUUAACCACUGGAGGCUGGUGAUCGCUCAAGAGAAACUACAAAAAGAGCUGCUGCAGUGGAAACUGAAUGAGGUGUCGUGUAAAACUGAAGCUCUUAAAGUGAAGAUGAUCUCGGAGCAGAAGGAGAUUGGUCUAAAACAAGAGCUCGAUGCUGUGCAGGAGGCCAUGCUGCAGUGUAAGAGCGAAUAUGAGCAUAUCCAGAGACAGAUCAUUCAGCAGUCUCAGAAGCUGCAGGACAUGGAGCAUCGCUCCACACGAGACACACAGAGCCGACAGGAGCUGGAGGUGCUGCGCAUGCAGAGUCUGGAGCAGCUGCAGGAAGACAUGGAGGACAGACAGAGUCAACUCAGGGCUCUGAGCGCACAGCUCGAGAAAAACAGCAAAGAGACAGAGCUACGGCAACAACGCAGCCACAAGCAAAUCAAACACGUAAGAGGUAAGCUUCAUCAGGAGCGGAGCCUGAAACUAGAAGCGUUCCAGCAGGUCGACACACUACAAAGUCAGAUCCACAGUUUUGAGUCAGCAUUGUGUAAAUCUGCAUUUCCUUCAGGACGCCAAAGCUCCUCCUCAAGAAGGCUACAUUUAAGAAAUGCAUCGGCAGGUUUGCUCAGGAACAACUCGGUUAUGUCUUUUACAAACAGUAGCUUUAUAAACACAACUGAUGAGCUCAGUACUGAAAUGGGUUGGAGAGAGUCAUGGACACCUCUGGACAGACCCAAAACAAACUCCAAUCGUCUUCGUCUGGACAUUUCAGAGGCGCUGUUACCCAGUCUUCCUGAUGGAAACGCUUCUUCUAACCACCUGACAUACCAGAAUCUUAGAUUGGGUCACAAGUAAAUAACCCGAACCGCACUAAUUAAUACCUUUUGAUUUAUUUCAGACAUUUGAAGAUUUUUACUUGUGCCCAAACGACCCUAACCUAAACGUGCACUAACCUGAAUGACCCUGACAGGUCUGAUUAUUUGUGCAU